UGCGUUGGUAGACAAAGACAGAUAAGGUACCGACACUGAACUAUUCUAAUUAAUAUAGUUCAGUGGGUACUGCAGUUUUCUUUCCGAGAGGUGCCAGAUUAGCCAAUACAUGAAAAUAUCAGUGAACUUUACUGGCAGGAGUACCAACGUUUAUAACGAAUACCGAUUACAAUAAGAGUAAUUGUACGACAACUUCAUCAUCAACUCACCAUACUGUCAACGAAACGUCGAAAAUGUGGAAAAAGUGUACGAACAUUGGUAAAAUUAGAUCAUAUUUAUUAUAACGAUCGAAGCAUGGAACCAUGUGGUCGCUGAGACAUGAAACAAUGACCCGUGAUGAAUGCAGAAAAUAUUUGCGAUGUUUAGAGUUAGAUGCUUAUGGGAGUAUGGUAUCCGUCUUGCGUGCUCAGGGCCCUUUCACUAGUGAAAAACAAAAAUUAUUACAAGAACUCGCUAAAGUUCUACAUAUUUCCAAUGAAAGACAUCGUGCAGAAGUGCGGAGAGCCGUGAAUGAUGAGAAACUAGCAACGAUAGCAGAACAAUUAAAUGGUCCAAACACUGGUACAGAUUGGACUAUCGAAGGUCGUCGUGUAAUUCCACUUUUGCCAAAAUUGAAGGCACGAUCUGCUUUCACAACGCUAGCAAAUAGCUUAUCCCUUGCAACUGCAGUGGCAAAUAGAAGGAAUCUUCUAGUUCCUGAAAAAACAGAGGAUGCAAAAGCUGUAAGAAGUGAAUCUCCUGUGAAGCAAAAAGUACAAGAAAAAUUACUUAACAAUAAUGAAUCUACACCUAAUGAAGAUAAGUUUGGCGAUGAGAACGUUUCGAACGAGGCCACUGAAUUGGAUAAAAGCAAGGAUAUACAUAAGCUAAAGAACAAUUCUGAUGUCAACGAAAAAUGUACCAUGCCUGAAAAACGAAAAUGUACUUCUCCACUCCCAGCAGCAAUUCCAAGCAAGGUUUUGGUAGUGUCUUCGAACUCGAUAGGAACAAUAAAUCAUAAUAUCGUCCAUAAAGGAUCUUCCGAAGAUACGCAGUUAUCGCAAAUGCCAAUAAAUUCACUGCAACACCAAAAUGUUACAAUAAUACCACUUAAUAUUAAUUGCGGAGAAACCAUUACAGAUUCAAAACAGUCCGUGAUACAUGAAAAUUCCAAUAAUCAUCCGGUAGUUCCGCCCGGUAAUGCGAAUGCCGUGAUCCCAGUGGGCACAAGUAUUACGAAAAGUAAAGGAAAAGUAAUUGCUAUCCAAAAUAAACCUAGUACAAAAAUUGGGCCAGCAAUUUUAAUGUCCAAUAAUACAUCAUGUGUACCAAAUAACAACCUGCAGCCUGAUACACAAGAUACAUCGACAGAAGAUAUUUUAAACUCGAACGUAUCAUCUCAUAAUUUAGAGAAGACAGCAAAUACUGAGAAUUCAAAUCUAACUGUUAGCAGCACAAAACGUGUUGUACCCGUGAUCCAUUCUAAUGUAAAAUCCCCAGUAACUAGAACCAUUACAUCAAGUAAUCCACAACGACUAAUAACUGCAUGUCCUGAUAAAACUGUAUCAAAUGGACCAGGACCACCUCAAACUAAGCAAACGUCAACGUUAACUUGUAAAAAACUGCCUACAAGGUUUAAUAAUCAAACCACUACCAAUAUGGGUGUUACGUUAAAUUCUAAUAAAACUGUAAAUAUAUCUCAUCAUCCCAAUACGAAGUUAGCAUCUAAAACGAACGUGAUUGUUAUACAGAAGGGUCAAACUAAAGGUGUAACUCUUUCUCACGCAGGAAAGGAAGUGUUGGAAAAAGUAAUUGUGGGUGGAAAAAAUGUACGCGUUACGAGUCAACAUAACACUUCUAUUAAUGUUUUACCGCGUCAUGUUUCUCUAAACAAUACAGAUCAAACUGUAACUAUGUUAUCAACAACAAACUCAUCUCAUGCAGAACUUAUAACAUCUGAUACAAAGUCUGGUAAUACCAUUAUGUUCAAUCUUCGACAAGAUGUUUUGGAGAAGAAUAAAAGUUUGACUCAUCUUCAUGAAUCAUCUAAUGUUCUUACCUCAGAUUCUAAGACUGUGAUACAAAAUACGCAUGGCCAUUUUUCGAAAGAACCAAAUAACAGUGAUUUACAUGCACAAGAUAAAGAGAUAACUGUAGAAACCGAUGAUAUAGUUACUUCUGUUAACAAUGAGAUACAACGGUCAGUUUGAAAUUGUCGAAAUAUAUUACAAAAUUAUUGUAUUAAGAAGUACAUGUAAUAGGAACAACUGAAAUAUUACUUCAAAAACUUUUUGUAACUUAAUAACAUAUUUUAUGUGUAAGAUAUUUCACAAAUUAAAAUAUAUCCCAGAGACAUGAGUUUCUUAAAGAAAAAUUAAACAUUGUAAACUUAUGCCGUUAAUAAGUAAAAUUUAACGUGUAUAUAUAUAGCAAAUUGAAAUAUUUCCUCUAUUGGCAACCAAGAGUAAAGUUAUUUUAUUUUUUAAAUAUACUGCAUCUUAUGGGACGUCUUGAAAUAUCAUCAUAUGAAAUGAAAAAAAAAUAGAGGGAUACUCCAGAAUUCAAACCAAUUCAUAAGCGUGUAUGAUAUAUUCAAGAUUAAUGAAAUCCUGUUCAGUUGUUUCUAUUAUGUAGUUAUUUACUUGUCAACAUUAAGAAGUGUCAUUUCUAUUUUUAUACAAUCUAAAUAAUUUAUAUGACUUAUUGUACCGCUUAAAUUGUUUUUAUCGACUAAAAUUUUUGUAAUUUAGCUCAUAAAUAUUUUUUUACGUGUUUGUCUAUACUCUUGUCCAGUGAAUAUUAUUUAUUUUGAGCACUUUCAAUACUCAGUAGAGGGUCAUAUCGACAUCGAUGAUUAUAAUAAUUUAUAAUAAUGAAUUAACAAGAAGAGUGUGGAUAUGUUCUGGAUGUAUAAUACAUAUAUAUCUAUGUAUUCAAUCAAUAAUAGGUUUUAGUUUUUUCAACAAAUGGAUAGCUUUUUCUUCUAUUAAGUCAGUCAUUUAAUAAUGUUUAAAGUUUAUUAAUAUAAAACGUGCAAUAACCUGUUCAAAAAAUUGUAAUUCAAUAUGACUGAUAAAUUUACGUAUGGUGCGUGGCAUAUUUUUAAUUUACUCAUAAUUUAAAAUUCAGUAGAAUAAAUAUAUCGAUACUGAUAGUA